GUCGGGUCAGGUCAGGUCAGGUCAUCCAAUCGGACCAUAUUCAUCUUCUCAAGUCGAUACGACACUUCCAGCUGUCGUUUACUGCCAUUCCGUACAUGCCGAUUUCCACCCGAGCGGUGAACUGUUAGAAUUGCAACUUCCUUACGGCGGCGGUUUCACUCCACCUUCUGCGGGCCAACUUCGUCGUCGUCGUCGUCGGGAAAACCAGAUGGCGGCGAGCUCUAAGGAGAAGGUGGUUGCUGUGAUCAUGGUGGGCGGACCAACAAAAGGUACGCGAUUCAGGCCGCUGUCUUUCAACACUCCAAAACCACUGUUUCCUUUAGCUGGGCAGCCUAUGGUUCAUCAUCCUAUUUCUGCCUGUAGAAGGAUACCCAACUUGGCAGAGGUUUUUCUCAUUGGAUUUUAUGAGGAACGGGAAUUUGCACUCUAUGUAUCUUCAAUAUCAACUGAGCUCAAAGUUCCUGUCAGAUACUUGAAAGAGGAAAAGCCUCAUGGUUCUGCUGGAGGUCUUUAUUACUUUAGAGAUCUGAUUAUGGAAGAUUCCCCAUCACAUAUAUUUUUGCUGAACUGUGAUGUAUGCUGCAAUUUUCCACUGCCGGACAUGCUUGAUGCCCAUAUACGGUAUGGUGGGAUGGGUACAUUACUGAUUAGUAAGGUCUCCGCUGAAUCUGCGAACCAGUUUGGUGAGUUGGUUGCUGAUCCAGUUACCAAUGAACUUUUGCAUUAUACGGAGAAGCCUGAGACAUUUGUUAGUGAGCUGAUCAAUUGCGGUGUUUAUGUUUUUACCCCAGAAAUUUUUAGUGCUAUCCAGGAUGUAUCGAGACACAGGGAAGACAGAGCUACUCUACACCAUUUCCCCAGCUUUGAAGCAUUCCAGUUGGCAACGAGGUCCCUGCCUAGAGAUUUUGUUAGGUUGGAUCAAGAUAUCUUGUCACCUCUUGCUGGAAAGAAGCAAUUGUACACGUACGAGACAGUAGACUUCUGGGAACAGAUCAAGACUCCAGGCAUGUCUUUGAAAUGUUCCGCUUUGUAUCUUAAUCAAUUCCGAUACACCUCACCUGAUCUCCUUGCUUUGGGAGAUGGCACCAAGAAUGCCACAAUCGUCGGUGAUGUUUACAUUCAUCCAUCUGCAAAAGUACAUCCAACAGCAAAGCUUGGACCUAAUGUAUCAAUAUCAGCAAAUGUUCGCAUAGCAGCUGGUGCAAGACUAAUAAAUUGCAUUAUCUUAGAUGAUGUGGAAAUCAAGGAUAAUGCAGUUGUCAUGUAUGCUAUUGUAGGAUGGAAGUCAUCCAUCGGGAAAUGGUCCCGAGUCCAGGCGGACGGAGAUUACAACUCAAAACUGGGAGUUACAAUCCUGGGGGAAGCCGUGGCUGUUGAAGAUGAGGUCGUGGUUAUAAACAGCAUUAUUCUUCCACACAAGACACUCAACAUAAGCGUUCAAGACGACAUCAUUCUGUAAAAUUUUGCGGAUGAGAUCCUGGAAGCCUUUGAGGAGCUAUAUGAGCCUAUUUAUGUUUUCCAUUUUCUCAGAAUUUUUUAUUGGCUGGAUUCUUGUCACUAGUUUUCUGAGAUUAGAAUGACAAAUAUGUACUUCUAUUAUAUUUUUACACGACUUGGUUUUGUUAA